UGAUGGAUACGACUACACUGGCGACCCUGGCUGCUGCCACCACCGCAGUCCUGGCCUCUCAGUCAGACAUGUCCGCCUAUCUUUGGCUGCUGGUGCUCGGCUUCGUCAUCGCCUUCAUCCUGGCUUUCUCCGUGGGGGCCAACGACGUUGCCAAUUCCUUUGGCACGGCGGUGGGCUCCGGCGUGGUCACCCUGCGGCAGGCCUGCAUCCUGGCCACCAUCUUUGAGACGGUGGGUUCAGUGCUGCUGGGGGCCAAAGUCAGCGAGACCAUCAGGCAGGGGAUCAUCGACGUGAGGAUGUACAACGGCUCAGAGCACGUCCUCAUGGCCGGAUCUAUAAGUGCGAUGUGUGGCUCUGCUGUUUGGCAGCUGGCUGCAUCAUUCCUGAAGCUCCCCAUUUCUGGAACCCACUGCAUUGUUGGAGCCACAAUUGGCUUUUCUAUGGUAGCUAGAGGCCACCAAGGGGUCCACUGGAUGGAACUCCUGCGCAUCGUGGCAUCCUGGUUCCUGUCGCCUGUUCUGUCAGGAGUCAUGUCAGGGAUUCUCUUCUAUUCUAUCCGCAAAUUCAUCCUGAACAAAGCUAACCCCGUACCAAACGGACUGAGAGCCCUGCCUGUCUUCUACGCCAUCACUAUGGGCAUCAACCUUUUCUCCAUCAUGUUCACAGGAGCUCCACUGCUGGGCUUUGACAGGGUGCCGUGGUGGGGGACACUGUGCAUUGCUCUGGGCUGCGCUGUCCUCACCGCUUUGGUCGUUUGGUUUGCCGUCUGUCCACGCCUCAAGAUGAAAAUCCAGCGAGAGACAUUUACUGGCCCCGGUGAGACUCCACUGAUGGAGAACUCCAACAAACCUGCACUAGAAGUUCAGCCUCAAGUACCAUCGGACCCCCCUCCACCUCAAACCCCUCCAGCAGAGAGUCAGAAGGUGGCUUUCAAACUCGGAGGCUCCGAGGAAGCCGACCUGAACAAUGACGUGGAAGCCAAAGACUUGGAUAUCGCCAAUGGUCUGAACGGGUCUGCGGGCCACAUGACCAUCAUUGAUCCUCACAGCGGACGCUCUCAUACAAUCCACAAAGACUCUGGCCUGUACAAAGACCUGCUCCACAAGCUCCACAAGGCCAAGGUCGGGGACUGCAUUGGCGACAGCGACACAGAGGAGCGGCCCAUGAGGAGGAACAACAGCUACACCUCCUACACCAUGGCCAUAUAUGGAAUUCAAACAGACCCUAAGCACAGAGACGUGGACACCGGAUCACAGAGGAGGUCUCGGGUGGACAGCUACAGCAGCUACAGCUCAGCAGUGACCAGCGCCAGUGCAGUCCCAGAAGGGAGCGAGACCCAAGAAGCCGGCAGGGACCUCGCUGUGGAGGAGGACGAGCUGGAGAUCGACCAGCCUGCCGUCUCCUUGCUUUUCCAGUUUUUGCAGAUCCUCACAGCGUGCUUUGGCUCGUUUGCUCAUGGGGGAAAUGACGUCAGCAAUGCUAUUGGUCCACUUGUGGCUCUAUGGCUCCUCUAUGACAGUGGUUCUGUCGUGUCCACUGCACCCACCCCCAUCUGGUUGCUUCUUUAUGGUGGAGUAGGAAUCUGUGCAGGACUCUGGGUCUGGGGUCGGAGGGUCAUCCAGACCAUGGGCAAAGACCUGACCCCCAUUACACCCUCCAGUGGAUUCAGCAUAGAGCUGGCUUCAGCGGUCACCGUGGUUGUUGCUUCAAACAUCGGUCUUCCUGUCAGUACAACCCACUGCAAGGUGGGGUCUGUGGUGGCUGUGGGAUGGCUGCGCUCCAGGAAAUCAGUCGACUGGCGUCUGUUCAGGAAUAUCUUCAUCGCCUGGUUUGUUACAGUUCCCAUCUCUGGUCUGCUCAGCGCCGCCAUCAUGGCUCUCUUCAUAUAUGUUAUUCUGUGA